GUUUUUGAGUCAUUACAUUGUUUAGACAGAAGUUAUAAAAAUGCCGCCAACUUUUUUUUCUGUUUCACAUUUUGUCAGUUGUUGGAAAAUAAUGUAUCCAGCGUUUAAGUUAGGUUUUUUAAUUGUUUUGGUUAUAUCAGAGAGCGUUUUUUCGGCUGAUCAAAAUGAAACUGUACAAGACGAAGGCGAUCAUGAUUUUGUUGGUGGUGGUACUGUUGGCUCCGGAAAUAGCACUGCAAAUGUUUCAAUAUCUGAUAGAAAUUUAGAUCAGAAGCAACUAGAAUUAAAAAGCGAUGUAUAUUACCCAACGGAUGGAUCAGAAAAUCAAGAACUAAAAAACGUCGUAGAAUUCAACGUUCCCAAAAAUUCCACUCCAACUCCCAAAAAACUGGACAAUUUUCGUCCAAGUCCACAACUGGAAAGUUACUACGAAUUCAACAGAGUUCCAGUGGUUCCCGCUUAUCCAGAACCAAAGUCGGUGAGCAGCAGUAUAAUCGUUGGCGAGGGAAAUUCUAAGGAGAACUUGAGGAUUCUGGAAACCAAACAUCGGUUUGGGAAAGGACAGGUUGUACCUCUGGAUAAGGACAAGGAAAGAGCUGUGGAAAGUGGUGGGUUUGAGCCUGGACUAUCCAUUGCACGUGGAAGUAGGAACGGUAAUGGAGAGUUUCCUAAUGUUGUUGAAAGUAGUAGCUGUAAUCCUUGUAAAGUUAGGGAGGGUCCAGGAUUUGCAGAUUAUAACAGAGAAACACCUUGGGUGAGCAAAAUCCGCUUUCCAGCAACAGGAACAGCCAAUGACGAGGCAGACAGACCAUCCUACGUAUCCCACACGAAUCAAAAUGCAAAUUCCAAUAUUCACCCCGGUAACUCAGCUCAGGGCGCUGUUCAAUAUUCAUAUCCAAAUGAAAAUAUCAAGCCUAAUAGCCAAUACUUACCCCCUUCCGGCACUGGUGUUAAACUGAACGAUUAUUUGGCCCAUCAUCAAGGUAAUACCGCUCAUGGGAUACAAACGAACAAUAUAGAAUCACCGAGGCAUAAUUAUGGAGAGGAUAGUGUGAGAAAGCCUUAUUAUAUUUCGGGUUACCCUGUUAGUAACCCUGGGACUGGGCAAGGGAGGUUUUCUUCUCAGGGUGUAGGUCAUACGACUGGUCCUAAUAGGGAAUUUAACUUCAAUCAGUUAGUAGAGGUUCCAAAUCGAUAUCCUUCUGGUUCAGCCAAAACAUAUCCCCACCAAAAGACUUUCGACACUUUCUACAACAUAAUGGAAAGACCAUCUCCAGAACAUGACUAUAAAACUUACCAUGAAGAACCUCACCAUGAAAUCUCGUACAAUCCAUGGAAGAAAGUUUUGAAACUUUUAGCAACCUUCGUUCCUAUAGGCUUACUCGUGAGUGCUUUGACACCUAGCAUCAUUACUGUCACUAAUGUCAACGAAACGGAUUCUACAAACACCCAAAGCAUCAGAUACAGAUCAAACGACGAUCCCAAAAAGGAGCUAACUAACAGAAUAGUGUCUUCGCUGGACUAUUUCGAAAAACUGAACGCCAACGGCUGCGAAUACAGGGUGUUCUGCGAGCUGUUGGUCAGUGCGAGUCAAAUGCCCAACGCCGAGCAACAUGUCAACAAUUUAUUGGAUAGUUUCUCGAAACAAGAGAUUGAUUUGAAGAGUCAAGCAGAAAUUUUGAAGGAAGUUUUUGAAGCUGUGAGAAAUCAAAAUUGCAGUCCCAUAUCAUGUGACUAUAUUAAAGCACCCACAUAGCUAUAGGUAUAUUUCAUAUUUCAGUGUUUGUUUUAUUAUUAUACAGGGGGUAAAUAAA